AUUUGAAAUGUUUUUUUGGUUUAAUGUUGUCUAGUGAUCAGCCUAUAGUAUGGAGGAACGUGACGGAAAAACUGUCACAUUUUCUGGUCACAAAACUCAAAUAUCAUCAGUUGUCAGGUACUGUCGUGAAGGUGGGCUCUUCACAGACGCAGAGCUUAUAUGUGAAGAUGGAAGGAUUCUAGUACAUAGGAUUGUUCUUGGAGCAGUGUCCAAGUUCUUAGCACAAGUCCUAGUAGAGACAGGAGGAGGAGGAGAUCAAGCUGUUCUUCUCCUUCCUGGAGUUCGUACUUCGGUUGCCGAACAGCUUGUAGAAUUUAUAUAUACAGGAUACAUGAAGCUGUCCCAGUUUAACUCCUGGGACCUACAGCAGUUGGUGCUGUUGCUGCAGAUCGAUCCUCAGAAUGUUGUUGUGGAAGUUUUAGAAGAGAAUGUUAAGAAACACAAAUCUAGUUUAGAAGAGGAGGAUGAGAUUAAAAUCAAACCAAAGACCGAAACACAAAAGAACGGAUCUCACAAAGCUGUAGAAUGUUUGAAGGAACGAAGUAGAAGUAGAAGUUCUAGAAAAUUAUCACAGGAUAGCCUUGGGUCAGACUCAGAGUACAUUGACUCACCACCAAGUUCGCCUUCUCCAGAUCUAACCUCGCCCCGGCCCACCACCUCACCCCGGAGUGGGGUUAUCCCGUCCUCCCGAAUUUUGUCUGGACCUUCUCCCCGCCGUGUAUCUGGGUCCUCUAGAUCAGCGGGACGGAGCAGAGCAUUGUCUGGUCGAGGAUCAGGAGAUCCUACGGUCAGCUCGUCAGGAGAGUUUAUGGCAAUCCUCAAACCAACUGAAAUCUCAAAUGUGAUAAAAAUCGUCACGUCAAGAAAGCGUCGAAACUCUCUUGAAUUCUCUAACAUUACCACAAAGGAACCCCGUGUGGAGGGAGGGCGUGGCCGGGGUAAAGGCGGAGCACUACGAACCCGUGGUAGAGCACGGAGCAGAGGUUCUAGUACACCCCGGAGUAAGGAUAAGGGUUGGCAUGACCUGCAGAACGUGGAUACCUGGGUGUGUGCUAUCUGUGGACAGUAUGAUCCUGUUCUACCCGGAGGAUCUGAGCUAGGCUCUACUACGGAGUGGAUAGGUUGUGACUGUAACAGAUGGUUCCACAAAUUUUGCACCCAACUGAAGGUUGUUGACGAUAGUUUCUGCUGUAAACUUGUACAGAAAACCUGCCUUGUACGUCCUGUGCUUUAGACCUGUACAUGUCGGUACACUGUACAGUGUACAGACAGUUCUCUGCUCUUCACUUAAAACGACACCAGCAGUCCCUAUAAAAAGUAAACCAUCUGGAUACGUUACAUACAAAUCAAUGCAAAAGACUGUCCGUCCCAAGGUUGUAUAAUAAGGUUAACACAUCAGAAUGUGCUCUAAUGUAUGCAAAUGUCGUCUUUGUUGCAAAGGGCACUCUGAAUCGUCAUAUGACGUUACUGCCUAUUUUAAAGAAUAAUACAUUUUGCGGCUCACUAUAUAUAAACGAACUAAAAAAUUAAAAUCUUGAAUUAUAAUUGCUUUUUUAGUUUCACACUUGUUAGCACAAUCAAUAUUUGUUAAAUUUGAUGAUUAUUAGUUUAGUAUCAGUCACGUCUUAUGUUGAUUUAGAGUGUCCAUUGCUAUGAAGGUCGUCUUUACCUACAUUGGAGCGAAUCCAAAGUAUCCAACCUUAUUAUACAACCUUGGUCCGUCCCGACAUUAUUACAUCAUCCAAGAUCAAUUAAA